AUGGAGAAUGAUAAAUAAUCUUAAUUUGAAGAUCAUAUAUUAUAAAGAUUUACGCUACUAGAAUUUAAGGGCAAAGGAGCAUAUGGAGUAGUAUGGAAAGCACAUGAUAAAUAAACUAAAUAAAUAGUUGCUUUAAAAAAAGUGUUUAAAUAAUGAUAUCGCUUAGGUAUUUGAUGCAUUUCACAAUAAAACUGAUUCAUAAAGAACAUUUAGAGAAGUAAUAUUUUUGGAACAAGUUUCAAAAAAUGCAAAUAUCAUUAAAUUGCUUUAAGUGAUAAAAGCUUAAAAUAAUAAAGACUUAUACAUGGUUUUUGAAUAUAUGGAAACAGAUUUGCAUAAAGUAUAUAGAUUAAUAAAAUUAGGUUAUAAGAGCAAAUAUAUUAGAACCAAUCCAUAAAAAAUAUGUUGUCUAUUAAUUAUUAAAGGCAAUAAAAUUUUUGCAUUCUGGAGACAUAAUACAUAGAGAUUUAAAACCAGCAAAUUUAUUGAUAAAUGCUGAUUGUAUAGUAAAGUUAGCAGAUUUCGGAUUAGCUAGAACAGUGAAUACAUCAAGUGAUGAAGAUGGUAAAUAUAAAAUUAGAAUUAUAAAAAGUUCCCAUAUUAACCGAAUAUGUGGCUACUAGAUGGUAUAGAGCACCAGAAAUACUUUUAGGUUCAUAAAAAUAUUCAAAAGCAGUAGAUAUGUGGAGUAUAGGGUGUAUUUUAGGAGAAAUGAUUAUUGGCAAAGCAAUAUUUCCAGGAACUUCAACAAUGAAUUAAGUUGAAAUGAUAUCAGAAAUUUUAGGAACUCCAACAGAAGACGAUAUUAAAUCAAUAGCAGCUCCUUUGGCAGAACAUAUUUUAGAUAACUUUUAAUUUGUGAAACCAAAACAUUUUAAGACUAUUUUUAGUUAAGAAAGUGAUGAUACUUUAAGUUUCUUAAAAAAUCUGUUAGUUUUUAAUCCUUAAAAAAGAUUAACAGUAGAAUAAGCAUUAGCUCAUCCUUAUAUGGCUGAAUUUGCAGGUUCAGAAGAAGAAACAGUUAUAGGUAAAUUACAUUAAGUAAUUUUAUAGACUUUCCAGUCUAAACUUUUAUGGAUGAUAAUGUGUAAUAUAGUAUAGAAGAAUAUAUGACAGUACUUUAUUAACAUAUUAAUCAUAAAUCAUAAUAAAUCUAACAUUAAAAUUGGUUUAGUUCUCAAUAAUCUCCAACAAAUGCCAGUAAACCUCCUACUACAAUUUAGUAAUCAACUACUCCUACUAGUGUUUAGGAUAAAAGGUAAAAAAAGGGUGAUUCUAUUGAAGUUUUAAAUAAUAAUACAGAAAACAAACAUAUUAUAAAAUAAGAAGUAAAAAAAAAAGUAAGUGAAGAUAAUCUAAAUUAAAAAAUGAGUGCUUUCGAAAAAUUCAAAUCUAUUGAAAAUAUGAUUAAAAUGUAAAAAGCUAAAUUAGGUACAAGCAAUGGUUAAAUAUCAGUAUAAAAUAAUUCUAAAUUAUAAUAUGGCAACAAAUCUGUCAAUAUUACAAGAGCUGAUAGUUAAAAAAAAAAGGAAGCUUCUUGUGUACUUAAAUUUUUUUUGAUUUUAAUAGGAAAUACAAAUUCCAAGUCCAGCUGCUAAAUAAAAGAUUUAAAAAAUUGUUAGUUAAAAUACUUUUAAGGAUCCAACCUAAAAAAUAUAAACUAUUAAAUCUCAAUCGAAAUUGCCAAAACAUGAAAGUUAACAUGAUAAAUUUUUAAACAAGAAAACUUAUUUAUAAUAUAUUUUAAGUGGGAAAGCUAAACUUUAAAAAUGA